UCCGGGAACCCAGAGCGCGACCAGGGAGGACGGAGCCAGGCAGCCGGGACAGCCGCGGGAGCCGCGUGCUCAACCUGUCCCCGCCCAGGGAACCGGAGCCUCCAACUAACUCCGCCCGCCGCCCGCGGGCUCGGGCUUCCGUCCCGGAGAGAGCCUGCGGCCGCGCAGGUUCCGAAUGAUGAGUGACGCGGGUCUGCGUGAUAGCCCUCACAGCCCCUGUCAUUGCGAGCGAUAAGGACCUCGCACGUCCAGCAGCCGCCCCGGGCUCAAGACGCUCUGGAGGGCGGGCGGCUCCCGCGGGCGGAGCGGACUCCAGCGCCGCUUCCCACGCACCGGGACCAGAUCCCGGGGACCCGGCUGGCCGCGCGUCUCCCGGGGCCAUGAAGUAGCGGUGGCCGCCAGUCCUGCCCUCCCGCCGGUCCGGCUGCUACCCGCUGCCCCGGCCCCAGCUCGGACAUGGCUGGACGCGCCAGCAGCGUGCUGCUGCUGCUGCUGCUGCUCGCCCUGCAAGGCAGCUGCCUGGCCUUCAGAAGCCCACUUUCUGUCUUUAAGAGAUUUAAAGAAACUGCCAGAUCAUUUUCCAAUGAAUGCCUUGGUACCACCAGACCUGUAACUCCUAUUGAUUCAUCAGAUUUUGCACUGGACAUCCGCAUGCCUGGGGUUACACCUAAAGAGUCUGACACAUACUUCUGCAUGGCCAUGCGUCUGCCUGUGGAGGAGGAAGCCUUCGUGAUUGACUUCAAACCACGUGCCAGCAUGGAUACCGUCCAUCAUAUGCUACUUUUUGGAUGCAAUAUGCCUUCGUCCACUGGAAGUUACUGGUUUUGUGAUGAAGGAACCUGUACAGAUAAAGCCAACAUUCUGUAUGCCUGGGCGAGAGAUGCUCCCCCGACCCGGCUCCCCAAAGGUGUUGGAUUCAGAGUUGGAGGAGAAACUGGAAGUAAAUACUUUGUCCUUCAAGUUCACUAUGGGGAUAUUAGUGCUUUUCGAGACAACCACAAGGACUGCUCUGGUGUGUCUUUGCAUCUCACACGUGUGCCACAGCCUUUGAUUGCCGGCAUGUAUCUUAUGAUGUCUGUUGACACUGUGAUACCACCAGGAGAGAAAGUGGUGAAUGCUGAUAUUUCGUGCCAUUAUAACACGUAUCCAAUGCAUGUGUUUGCCUACAGGGUCCAUACUCAUCAUUUAGGUAAGGUAGUAAGCGGAUACAGAGUCAGAGAUGGACAGUGGACGCUGAUUGGACGCCAGAGCCCGCAGCUGCCGCAGGCUUUCUACCCUGUGGAACACCCAGUAGAUGUUACUUUUGGUGACAUCCUGGCAGCAAGAUGUGUGUUCACUGGUGAAGGAAGGACAGAAGCCACCCACAUCGGUGGCACAUCGAGUGAUGAAAUGUGCAACCUAUACAUUAUGUAUUACAUGGAAGCCAAAUAUGCAGUUUCCUUCAUGACCUGUACACAGAAUGUGGCUCCGGAUAUGUUCAGAACUAUACCAGCAGAGGCCAACAUUCCAAUUACUGUCAAAUCUGACAUGGUUAUGAUGCAUGGCCAUCACAAAGAAACAGAAAACAAAGACAAGACAGCUCUAAUCCAGCAGCCAAAGCAUGAAGGGGAAGAGGUGUUGGAGCAGGGUGGUUUCUAUUCACUGCUUUCCAAGCUGCUAGGAGAGAGGGAAGGUGUGGUUCAUGUGCACAGACAUAACCCCGCAGAGAAGGCAGACUCCGGUUCAGACCCGCUAGCUGAGAUUGCGAACAUAGUCCAGAAAAAGGACCUGGGUCGACCUGAUGCCAGAGAGGGUGCAGAGCGUGAGGAGAGGGGUAAUGCUAUUCUAGUCAGAGACAGAAUCCACAAAUUCCACAGACUAGAGUCAACUCUGAGGCCAGCUGAGAGCAGAGCUUUCUCUUCACAGCAGCCUGGUGAAGGUCCCUGGGAACCAGAACACUCAGGAGAUUUCCAUGUGGAGGAGGCGCUGGACUGGCCAGGAGUGUACUUGUUACCGGGCCAGGUCUCUGGUGUGGCACUGGAUUCUAAGAAUAACCUAGUGAUUUUCCACAGAGGUGACCAUGUUUGGGAUGGAAACUCUUUUGACAGCAAGUUUGUUUACCAGCAAAGAGGCCUUGGGCCAAUUGAAGAAGAUACCAUUCUAGUCAUCGAUCCAAAUAAUGCUGCAAUUCUCCAAUCCAGUGGGAAGAACCUGUUUUAUUUACCACAUGGCUUGAGCAUAGAUAAAGAUGGAAAUUACUGGGUCACAGAUGUGGCUCUUCAUCAGGUAUUCAAACUGGACCCACAUAGCAAAGAAGGCCCUCUCUUAAUUCUGGGAAGGAGCAUGCAGCCGGGUAGUGACCAGAAUCAUUUCUGCCAGCCCACUGAUGUGGCUGUGGAUCCCAGCACAGGAGCCAUCUUCGUGGCAGAUGGUUACUGCAACAGUCGGAUUGUGCAGUUUUCGCCAAGCGGAAAGUUCAUCACCCAGUGGGGAGAAGAAUCUUCUGGGAGCACUCCCAAGCCAGGCCAGCUCAGUGUUCCUCACAGUCUGGCCCUUGUGCCUCAUUUGGACCAGUUGUGUGUAGCAGACAGGGAAAAUGGCCGGAUCCAAUGUUUCAGAACUGACACCAAAGAAUUUGUGCGAGAGAUAAAACAUGCAUCGUUUGGAAGAAAUGUAUUCGCAAUUUCAUAUAUACCAGGUUUGCUCUUUGCGGUUAAUGGGAAGCCCUACUUUGGAGACCAUGAACCCGUACAGGGCUUUGUAAUGAACUUUUCCAGUGGGGAAGUUAUAGAUGUCUUCAAGCCAGUACGCAAGCGCUUUGAUAUGCCUCAUGAUAUCGUCGCUUCUGAAGAUGGAAAUGUGUACAUUGGAGACGCGCACACGAACACCGUGUGGAAGUUCACCCUGACUGAAAAAAUGGAGCAUCGAUCGGUGAAAAAGGCAGGCAUUGGGGUCCAGGAAAUCAAAGAAGCCGAGGCAGUUGUUGAAUCCAAAAUGGAGAACAAACCCACCUCCUCAGAAUUGCAGAAGAUGCAAGAGAAAGAGAAACUGAGCAAAGAGCCAGACUCAGGAGUGCCCGUGGUUCUCAUUACAACCCUUCUGGUUAUUCCUGUGGUUGUCCUGCUGGCCAUUGUCAUGUUUAUUCGAUGGAAAAAAUCAAGGGCCUUUGGAGAUUCUGAACACAAACCCGAGCCAAGUUCUGGAAGAGUACUCGGAAGAUUCAGAGGAAAAGGAAGCGGAGGCUUAAACCUAGGAAAUUUCUUUGCAAGCCGGCGUAAAGGCUACAGCAGAAAAGGGUUUGACCGCCUUAGCACAGAGGGCAGCGACCAAGAGAAAGACGAUGAUGAGGGGAGUGAAUCAGAAGAGGAGUACUCGGCCCCGCUGCCCGCACCUGCGCCUUCCUCCUGAACGCCAGGCGCUCCUCUCGGCGGCGGAGUGAGGUUUACCAAGGAUGCCCAGAUUCCUUUCCCUUUAGUGCGUGUAAAGUUCUGUGCAUUGAUUGUAAGCUGUACUCGUCUGUGUGGGACUGUACACCACCUUAUUUACUUCAUUCGGUUAUGUGUUGGCUUCUGUGUCUAGGUGAGGGGUUGCCUAACAGUUCACUACAGUGCCAUUGUCUUUAUAUGAACUUAGAGAAACCGCCCUCCUCUUCCAUCACCGCACUCCCACCCCAGGAUGGAAGUUUUGCUCCUUUACACUCGGGGACUUUUUUGUGGAUGUAAAUAGCCCCAUUCUCUGCUUGAACACACAGUGUUUUCCCGACCCGCGCCCCGUUGCCAGUGUCUUUCUUUGGUGCCUUUCCUGUUCAGCAUUCUCAGCCCGUGGCAGUCAAGAGAACCUUUGCGCUGCACAACGAAAAGCUGCUAGAUCUCCUUCUAUUUUUUUAAAAUCACUAACAUUAUAUUGCGAUGAGAGAAAUUUUAAAAAGUCUCUAUUUAAAUUCUUUUUUUAAAUUUCUCUUCAGUUGGUGUGUUUCCGGGAUGUCUUAUUUUUAGAUGGUUACACUGUUAGAACACUAUUUUUCGGAAUCUGAAUGUAAUUUGUGUAAUAAAGUGUUUUCAGAGCAUUAGC